GACGAGUCGACGACGACUCUCUCUCUCUCCUCUCUCGAUAUGGUUUCCUUUUCGCUCUCAGAAAACCACCGCCUCAUGAAUUGUACGUCCUCUUGACUCUCAAUUUUGGCAGGUUUUAAUCUCCACUUUCUUUGUUAGGGUUUUUCAUCUGCACCUCUCAUCUCCUUCUAAUGGUUAGAUUCCACUAAUUUCUCACACACGUGUUUUUGCCCCUUCCAGUUUUCAGUCCUUUGGAUACAGGUUUUCUUGCUAGUAAUUCUUGCUAUUGAACAACAUCUUGAAGUGCCCUUUGGUUGACAAUUAGGCGCAAUUAUGUUAGAUUAGAUUAGAUAUUUAAUCUGCUGGAAUUGAAACUAGAUGUUUAUUUACUCUGUUAAAAUUGAAAGCUGAUGUUAUUUACUCCUUUGAAUUGACCUUGGGAUUUGGCCCAAUGGUCGGGUAGCGCUCCUUUGGAGAUUGAGGUCUAGGGUUCAACUCCUAUGGAUAGGAAGUUGACCCUCGUAGUAAUCUAACAAAUACAAAGGUACUACCAUCCUCUCGUCUGGCCAAAAAAAUAAAAUUGAAUUGCUCUUUUGUUUCUUUGGUUGACAAUUAUGUGCAAUUGUGUUAGAUUCUUAGUCUGCUGGAAUUGAAACUGGAUGUUUACUUACUCCUCUGAAAUUGGAACCUGAUGUUAUUUUGAUGUGCGAAUAAAUCCGUCUACUCGCAUUGAUUCGGGUUUCGUUUAUGUUUGUGUAUGGGGAUAGUUUUCAUUGAAUUUGCAUCCUUAUCGGUUGCUUAUUCCUAUCUACUUUAUGAUGUUAUGUCCAUUAGCUUGUACAUCAAUUGCUCUUGUCUCCAGUGAAUUUUGGUCAUUAAAUUACAUACCAAUAAAAUGUUCAUUAAAUUGAAUUAUGGCUUCCUUUUUACUUGGCGCUUAUAUUGAUUUUCCUUCGUUUUCUGGGAAUUAAUCGCAUGAGAGAUGCAAUUUGAUUGUUGUUUAACUUGUUUGGUUUUACCAUUUUCUAGUUUUCUCUUAUGGUGGAAUUUUGUUUUGCUCUUUGGUAUCCAUAUGUUCUGUGUAUUGUAUUUGGCCUUCUCCUUUUGAAAUCUUACACAAGGCACGAAAACUUCUAGUUGGGAUUCAUAGCGUAUUGGAUACCUGCUGAUCAGGUAGUCUUGUGGAUGCAUGCCUGAUACUUCUUAAAUGCAUUCACUUAUAGGUUAAGACUCUCUUUGAUUUCAGGAAGUUAAGAUACUUUUUCGGAUAUUCUAUAAUCUAGGUCAUGAAUUCAAACUUUUAUGAGAAUGAGCAUGACAAUAUUUUGAUAUAAUAAAACAAACAUUUGGUUACUUCUGGUGGAAGAAUAAAAUAGCAAGAUUAACGUAUAUAGUUGUUGAACUUACGAAUUAGAGGUUUCUAGAUGUUGCAAAAUAUUUGUUUUUUUGUCUAUUAAUCCUGGCAUUCGUCUCUACUAUUUUAGAUUUUUUUUUCUUUUCAGUGUAUUCAUGUCGUCGGGUCCAAUGCUUCAUAGCUUAUCUCCCAAAAAACAAAUCUGGAGCUAGUGCUUUUGAAACUUGCUUGCUGGCAUUGGAGUGCUUGGUUAUUGUAGAAUAGAUCAGGUAUUUGAUCGUCAGAUUUCAGAUUGGGUUUAGAAGGUCUGAGUGGUAGAAAAUGUCUAGUGGCGGGAACACACAUUGGUGUCAUCAAUGUAGUCAGCCAGUUCAGCUUCGAGGCCGUAACUCGGUUUGCCCACACUGCAAUGGGGGCUUUGUAGAGGAACUUGAUGAGGCGGUGGGCACCAGACACCAGGAUUUCGCAGGGCUCCAUUCUGAUGAUGGAUCCAACUUUGCAUUAAUGGAACGCUUCUCUGAUCCAAGAUUUGAGAUUAUGGAUGCAUUUGCGGCUAUUAUGAGGCAGAGAAUGGCUGGACGAAACCCUAAUUUUGAAAAUAGGCCGAGAUCUGAUCUUGGUUCUGAACAACGUAUGGCCUUUGGUUCUGGUCCAUGGUUGAUAUUUCAAGGCCAAGCCCCUGUUAGAAUAUCAGACAAUGAUGGGUUUGAGUUUUUCUUUAAUGGCAGUCCAAGAACUGGACAGAGGCCAGCUAAUUUCGGUGAGUUUUUCGCGGGGCCUGGAUUGGAAGAACUGAUUGAACAGCUCACUAUGAACGAUAGGCAAGGUCCACCUCCAGCGCCUCGUUCAUCAAUUGAUGCAAUGCCCACCGUUAAGAUCGCCCAGAAGCAUCUCAACACUGAUUCCCACUGCCCAGUUUGUAAAGAUAAGUUUGAGUUGGGUUGUGAAGCGAAGCAGAUGCCUUGUGAGCAUAUCUAUCAUUCCGACUGUAUCGUUCCUUGGUUGGUUCAGCACAACUCAUGCCCAGUGUGCCGCCUGGAGCUGCCGCCACUUGGUUCUGCCAAUGCUCAAACUAAUCGAAGAGCAAGUGGCGGGAACGGAAGCACAAGUAGUGUGGGAAACAGCAGCAGUAGGGAAAAUGGUGGAUCGAAUCAGGGGAGGAGGAAUCCGUUUUCAUUUCUGUGGCCUUUUUGAUCAUCCAACCGCAGCACUUCUUUGUUAUUCCUCAGAUGGAGUUAAGAAGAGAACAAUGGAGGAAUUACUGUGGAUGGCUUUUCAAUUGUUACUAAUAAGUUUUAUCUCACUGCUGCCUUCUGCUUUCUUUUGUGUGCUGUCAUUAUCAACUCUCUCCCCCCUUGGUAAAUAUACGUUUGUAAUUUGUAUCAACUGGUCUGUCUUUGUGCUUUCUUUCAGUGUGAUGUUAAGAGGUAUACAAAGCCUGUAGAGAUUUUUCAUCUUCAGCUUAUGUGAUGUUCAAACCUAA